AUGAUUAUUAUCGGUAUUGUACCUUCACUCAGUAAGGAACCUAAAAACCUAAAUCCGUUCUUGAAACCCGCCAUCAAAGAAUUACAAUGUCUGUGGAAAGGCAUCAAAUUAAGUUCUACCAUUAACCGGUUUCCAUUGACGUUCAGAGCAGCUAUUUUGGCGGUUUCUUGUGACGUGCCUGCCGCUAGAAAUUUGGGUGGUUUUAAAAGCCAUUCAGGUUACAGAGGUUGCUCUCGAUGUCUCAAGUCAUUUCCUGGCGGUUUUGGGCAACGUAAAGAUUACUCCGGAUUUGAUAAAGGGACGUGGGAACCAAGAACAAAUAGUAAGCACAGACGGUUAGCAAAAAAGAUUGCAGGAAUAAAGACACAGGCCGAACGAGAUAAAUUCUGUCGAGAUAAUGGUAUCACACAUUACAGCGUUCUUCUUGACUUGGAGUAUUUUGAUGCCAUAAGAAUUUUACCAUUGAUCCAAUGCAUAACCUGUUUCUAGGAACUGCAAAAGCAAUGUUCAAGAUAUGGACUAAUAACCGAAUGUUGAGCAAAGAUCUAGAAAAGAUAGAGGAUCGAAUUAAGACAAUAGAAAUUCCAAGUGACUUAGGUCGUCUACCUGCAAAUAUUUCUUCAAACCAUGGAUCGUACACUGCAGAACAAUGGAAAAACUGGACACUCCUAUAUUCACUAGUUUGUUUAAAAGAAAUUCUACCUGAUAAUGAAUAUAAUGUUGGCAGACCUUUGUUCUUGCAUGCAAGUACAUCUGCCAAGUUAUUAUCUCUGAAACGGAUUUACACAUUGCUGAUGGACGACUUUUUGUUAAGUUUUGUAGAGAAGUCGAAACCAUAUAUGGAAAAGAAUGUAUAA